AACAACACAACUUGUCAAAAUAAACAUAACCUCAAACAUUUUGGUUAUAUUUUUACAUUAAUAUAAAUUUUAAAAUUAAAUUAAAACACAUUUAGGGGUUUAUUAAAUUUACAAUGGACAUUAGUGCAUUUUCAAAUGAUGAUUUUGAUACUAAGGAAUGGAUUAAUGAUAUCCUUAAACAAGGGGAUAAUGCGAAAGAGAGCAAUUAUACAAUGUCUUUAGUAAUGAAACUCCAACUGUAUGUCCAGCAAGUGAAUAGUGCUUUGGAAGACACUAGUCAGCAAGUUUUAGCAUCUUUGCCAAAGAUUAUGAGGGAUGCGAAAAGUUUACAACAAGAAGCUUUAUUAUUAAAACAAAAAAUGGCGACAGCUAGGGCAGAGGUUGAAAAGAUUGAGCAUGAUACUGGCCAGUCGAUCCAUACAAUAGAAAAACUAGAUUCUAUGCAGAAUAAAUUAACACUGGCUAAACAAGGAUUGCACGAAAGUGACAAUUGGACGAUUUUGGUAAAUGAUCUAGAAGAAGUUUUUGAUUCAAAGAAUGUUGAAAAUAUCUCAAAUAAGAUUUUGGGGAUGCAAAAUUCACUGAAACUUCUCGUCAAUGUACCUGAUUAUGAAAAUAGGAAACUUCAGUUAGAAGGAUUAAAAAAUAGACUUGAAGCCAUAGCAAGUCCCAGUAUAGUACAAGCAUUUAAUACACAUAACACAGAACAAUCCCAGAUGUACGUUCAAAUAUUUGUCUCAAUGGAUCGACUUCCUCAACUGUUAAAAUACUAUCAAAAAUGCCAAAAAGAUGUACUUCUAAAAAAAUGGCGCAACCAAUUAGAAAUCGAGCAAGACGAGUCCACAAUACAGUGGAUUCACAACUUUUAUAAUGAUUUACUGUCCAAUUGGCACACUCAGUAUAGAUGGUUUAACCAAGUUUUCACUGGUGUUUCUGCGUUACAAAAUUUAAUAGACAUUUAUACCGAUGUAUUGACUUCCUUGGAUCCCAGCUUGAACGAGUGUAUAGAUGCAACUCUAAAACAAGUACCAGACAAGUUAAACUUUAUAGGGGAAAUUAAGCAGACCACCACUCAGUUCAGGGAUAGUUUGAUGAGUAUAGUGGAUCAAACAGUUCAAGUAAAACCAAGUCCAGAAGAUCUACUUGUACUACAAAAAGCCUUAUUUUCUCACAUGGUGCCAUAUAUGAAUAAGUACGCGGCAUACGAACAAGCGAACUUAAUGAAAAGCCUCUCAUCAUUAAACUGUAUGAAAGAAGAACUUCCUGAUACCAUCCAAUCGCUAGGUUUAAGUAUUCCAUCGGUCAUUGAUUUAUGUAGAGAAGCUAAAAGGCGAUGUCGAGAAAUUACAGAAAAUUGUGGUUACUGUGGAUUGCUCAUUGCUUUAAGAGCUUUUUUAUUGGGAUAUGCUGAUUUUUUCAGGGUGGCACUUAGGCGAAUCGAUAGAAGUAAAAGAUCAGAGGAAGAUUGGACCGUUUUUCAAUUGUGUCUUUCACUACUACAAAACACAGGCGAAAUAAUUUUAAAAUUACAACAGUUCGAGAAGGACUUGACGAACCAAGUUCUCGAACUCAACCAGAAAGAAGUGCUUCAGUACAAAAUCCUACUUCUGAGACAUUCAGAUCUUAAAGAAUUUGAUUCUCUAGUCAAGUGUGUUACAGAGGGCACACAACUUUCCUUAUUGGAUUCUGUUAUUUCGGAAUUUGCCAAAUUGUGUAUAGAUAUUCACCACACCACUUAUCAGGUAGUGUUCGCACCUAUAUCUGUGCAGCUAGAUACAGUGCAGUCUCCACAGACCUGGAGUCAGUAUGAUGGUGCAGCUGUGAGUGAUUUGCCUGAUUAUAGUUUUGCCCCACAAGAAUAUAUUACUCAGAUUGGUCAGUAUCUGAUGAUUCUUCCACAGCACUUGGAACCUUUCUUGUUCAAGGAGAAUCCAUCGUUAUCGUGCGCGUUAAAAUCUGUAGACCAAGAGUACAAUAACGCUCCAGAGGGGGAAGGUACCUUGGCGCAUGUGUUUCUCACGAUCAUUGCGAAUGGAACAUGCCAAUAUUUCUUUGACAAGAUAUUAUCGAUUUGUGAAUUAAGUCCCGCUGCCAGUCGACAAUUGGCGCAUGAUAUAAGUUAUCUGCAAAAUAUUUUAGAAGAACUUGGCUUAUCGUUAUCAGAGAAUCUUCAACAAUUGACGAUACUUUUAAAACUACCUACAGAGCAGUAUCAAGCACAAAGCACCGGAUGCUCAGCGAGAUUGGUUGCAGCUGUACGACAGAUGAGAAAUAUUAAAUCUUCUAAUUAGUUGAUUAUGGGAAAAUAUAAUUUAUUUAUGCGUAUAUACUGUAAUAGUCCAGGGCGCAUCUGUUUUGAGAUGGACGUUGAGAGGUGACUCAAAUUUUUUUGCAGAAAUUGCUUGAAAAUAACUCAAAUAAUAAUAUUUGAGUUAUCAUCCUCCCACUCAAAAUGGUCCGGAACAUUGUUUAAAUAUUCAAAAUGUCAAAAUAUGAAGGAAAAAUUCGAUUUUUUUAUUGGUUUUUUGAUUAUAACUUUAAAACUAUUCAUUUGUGAGAAAAGUUGUACUGACAUAAAAGUUGCGCAAUUCAAUUUUGUACAAUAUAAAAUUGGUUAAAAAUUUAAAAAAUAGUCACCCUUCUUGCAAAAUAGCAAUAAUUGCGAAAAAAAAACAUACAAAAACAAGUAUUCGCAUUUUACGUUUUUUAACCAUUUAUGCUAAACUUUGGACCUUCAUAUUUUACCCAGAAAAACUUUAUGAUAUAGUAAAACAACACUGUAAAUUUGAUUAAGAUCGGUUUAAUAGAUUUUGCAAAAUAAAUUUUGCAAUCCAGCUUUCGCAAAAAAAUCAAUUUUUUUAAAUGUUGCAGGACUGAAAAUAAAGCAGAUAGCAAGUUGAUUUUUUUUUUGGUUAUAGAAGUGUACUGUACCUUUCAUUUGCAAUUUGCAAAAUUAAAAUCGAAUAAUUACCACGGCGUCAGGAAAUUUUUUAAAUAAACAUUAAUUUUUGGUGCUAUGCGCAGGACAGCGGUGUUCGAUUCACACAAGUUGAUUUCCACCAAAAUUUCUUCCAAUCUUUAUCUAAAAUAUUAUUUUCUUACUCUAUAUAUUGUUGUAUUUUAAUAUUGUAAUUCCACAAAAAUCAAACUAAUUUUAUUAUUGUUUGUGAAACAUUUUUAAACAAUUGCAUAUGUUUAAAAAUAAUAAACUUUUUUUCUCUACAAGUUAAAAUAUAUGAACAAAGAAAGUUUUUGCUAAAAAACGUGUUAUUUCAAAGGAUAGAGUAUGUGUUUUUAUUUAACAAUAAACAAAUUUAUUUAUUUAUAUCGAAAUGUAAUAAAAUGUUUCAUUCAUUAUCAAAGGUCAUUGGAAUGCCCAAUCAGAGCAAACUAUCCGCUGUCCUGCGCGUAGCACCAAUAAUUAAUGUUUAUUUAAAAACAUUCCUGACACCGUGGUGAUUAAUCGAUUUUAAUUUUGCAAAUUCCAAAAGAAAGGUACAGUACACUUCUAUACGCAAAAAAAAAUGUCAACUUGCUAUCUGCGUUAUUUUCAGUCCUGUAACAUUUUGGAAAAAUGAUUUUUUUUUGCGAAAGCUGGAUUGCGAAAUUUAUUUUGCAAAAUCUAUUGAACCGAUCUUAAUGAAAUUUACAGUAUUGUUUUACUGUAUAAUAAAGUUUUUCUGGAUGAAAUAUGAAGGUCUUAAGUGUAGCAUAAAUGGUUGAAAACCGUAAAAUUCAAAUACUUGUUUUUGUAUGGUUUUUUCGCAAUUAUUGCUAUUUUGCAACAAGGGUGACUAUUCUUUAAAUUUCUAACCAAUUCUAUAUUGUAGGAAAUUUAAUUAUGCAACUUUUAUGUCAGUACAACUUUUCUCGAAAAUGAAUACUUUUAAAGUUAUAAUCAAAAAACGAAGACAAAAAUCGAAUUUUUCCUUCAUUUUUUGACAUUUUGAUUAUUUAAACAAUGUUCCGGACCUUUUUGAGAGGGAGGAUAACUCACAUAUUAUUAUUUGAGUUAUUUUCAAGCAAUUUCUGCAAAAAAAUUUGAGUCAUCUCUCAACGUCCAAAUGUACUAAUAUUUUUACAGAUGCGCCCUGGUCCAUAAUUCAAACAAACAGCAUUAGGAGUAUAGUGCAGUCAUUGAGUAGUUAGAGCAGUGGUGGGCAAACUUUUUUAAUGGGGGGCCACAAAGUUAAAGAAAUUCUAUAGGAGGGUCAGAAUUAUAGAAAAAAUCCAAUUUGUGUUAAAGUUACUAUGUAUACUAUCCAUGUCGAUAGACCCUCGGCGGGCCGGAUUAAAUACCUUCGCGGGCCGGAGUUAACCCGCGGGCCGUACUUUGCCCAUCCCUGAGUUAGAGGAUACCUCAAGAAACAAAAAUGACUUGGUGCCAACUUGUGUUUUUAUGCUGGGGAUGGAUGCCAGCCCUUCUCAGGAUUGAAAAUUAUUUUAGUUAGCUCAAAGAGCCAGGAACUAAAAAUCCGAAUUGUUAUCCUCUGAUGCAUUUUAGGAUGUAAAAAUGAGGCAAUACAGAGUGAUGAAUUAGUCGACAAGGGGAUCUAAAAUUUCAUCCACGACCUGCCGUCCAUCUUGAUAAAAAUCUAUAGCAGACUGGUUACAAUGGAAUACAAAUAAAAUGAAAAAUAAAGAUGAUUCAGAUUUGAUUACAGAAUAGGGCAUCUACUAUGUGCUUAUUAUACGUAUUUCAGGUUUAACCUUACCCUCUUCAGAGCACCGUGUAAAGGCACUGAACUGGAAUCAAAUCUCAUCUUUUCCGUGUAAUUAUUAAUAUAAUUACAAAGGAUGCGACAGCACCAUUACCAGAGAACGGCAGUUCUCGCCAGUGGCGCGCACACACACACCCCCCUACACGCGACACUAUAUAUACACGAAAUUUUUGAUUUUCUAAAUCUGACUGAAUUGAAAAUUGAGCCAACUCCCGUCUUAAAGUUCAGGAAAAGACUCACCCAUUCAUAUGUCAACCAUCCAUUUUGGUCCAAAGGUGUGGAUUUUACGGCCCUUCUUAUUUAGGGUCUGUUUUUCGUUCUCGUCUCCAAAACUCCCAAAAACUUCAAAAAUUUAAGUCCGACCUUUACGGCUUCUAAUAGUACUGAUCAUUACCUUUCCAACGCAUGUCUAAUUGUGAAAAUCGGUUAUACCAUUCAAAAGUUACCGAGCUCAGAAGUAUGACUCAAUUUCUAUUUAAAAAAGGGAAAAUGUUUGUGGAUAUGUAUGUGUGUGGAAAAAUUAAACCGAUUUGAUUUUUUUUUCUAUAUUUGAAAAGGGGGUCAGGACCGAUUCAGAACCGGUGUAGUUUGUGACUUUUGACCACCCAUAAGCCAGUUAUAGGACUUGGUAGGUACAAAACGGCAUAUUUUUUGGGGGUAUAUUCUUCGGUUCAAGAAGAGACAGGAAAACCGCAAGUACACCAAAUCAAUAGUGUUGAGUUAAGCUUUCAAAUGGUGUCUAAGCCGUCAGGAUCAAACAUACAUACGGCUCAGUAUAGCCGAAAAACUGAAAAACUAAACUUUGAAAAUUUUGGUUUUUCGACAAUUACUCAAAAUUUUAACCUACGAAUUGCGUUAAUAACUGAGCGUUUGUAGAAGGACUCUAGACAAAUCUAACGGUGUAUACUCAUAUUCGGGAAAAUUCGAAUUUUUAAGUUAUAGGCUUCAUAAGUAUGAUCAAAUCUAUUUCCUAUGGGAAAAACGGUUUCUCAAGCUCAAUAAUUCCUGUAAUAGCUUCAGUUAUCAUACUUGACCUUAGAUCCAUCAGAUACUACUGGCCAAUAUGUUUCAAACUCAUGUUUAUUGAUCAAAAUCGGUUAAGCCGUUUAGAAGUUAUUAAGCUACAAAAAUAUAAUCCAAUUAACGAUUAUUCCCGAAAUGAAAAAAUAAAAUAAAAUUUUUAUUUUUAAUUCAGUUGCAAUGCGAAGGCAAAACAAUCCUACUUUUCAAUUAGAAUUCUUCGCAUUCCCGAAAUGGUUUAUGUAGUUGUAUUGGUUACGACUCUAAAUUUGAUCUGGCAACGGGCAAUCCGAGUUCAUUUACCGGCCAUCUCAAUAUCUUUUUUAAUCUAUUUCGAAUAGAAAAAAAUUUAGUGUACAUUCGAUGGACACUAGAUCAUUUGGGAGAUAAUGCAACAAAGGUGACCAUUUAUAAAGCGUAACGUGUAAUCGAGAAACAUUGCAUUCAACUUCAUACAUUUAAUUUAUAAAUAACUUUGAAAAACUCCUGAUACAAGAAUAAAAAACCGCUAAACGCCGUAAAAAUGAGUGGCGCAUACAAUAUUCCAGCUACAAAAGAUCUGGUAUGAAUAUUACGUGGCGCGAAAAUGUAUUUUUCUACGAGCGUGCAAAAAUGUCUACUUUCGCGCACGCAUUUUAGUUUAGAAAGUUUUACUUUUCCGCACGCGUGUUACUUUUCCGCACGCGGUUUUUACUUUUCCGCACGCGGUUUUUACUUUUCCGCACGCGUAUCCACCGUCAUGGAAACCAAGAUCGUCGUCAUGCUAACUAAUUAUAUUGAAAGUUUGGUUUUGACAACAUUGUCAAAGAAUUAAGUCAACUUUUUAACAAUUUUAUUAUUAUCAAAUACAAAAUAUGUAAUUUUAAUAAUAUCUAUUUAUUAUUUACAAUGUUUAUAUUGAACGUACAACUGAAUCCUACGCUUUUUUCUUCAAAUAUGCUGUUAACUUAAAAUAAUCGCCUAUGUUGACAUUUUUUUCAUUUUUAAUACUGACUUGAGCAUGGAAUAGCGGGACCACAAAGUAUUUGGUUUGCAGAUUUUGGAUAGACUAAUAAAAUAAGCCAAAAACACUUCUUCUUUUAAGCUAUUUACACUUUUUUUCUUUACACCAACUCAUAAAAAUAUUGUAUUCUUUCUUGUACCUGUUUGCUGAUUUUUCCGGUAACAAAUUAAGAUAAUUGACAACGUCGAGGAUAGAUGGAGGUAGUUCUUCGUCACUUGAUGCCAUCUAAAUCACUGAAUUAUUUUUUAAUUCGUAAGUAAAAAUAAAUUUUAAAGUGUGUGACGUGCUUCUUGACAAUAAUUGCUUUGUUUGACAUCGUUGAUAUGCCUUUAAAAUAUUAAAACCAGUACAUAACAGGUAUUUAGGCACCGCAUUGAAUUUAAUUCGGUGUUAUUAGAUCGUCGUCAUGCUAACCAAUUAUAUAGAAAGUUUGGUUUUGACAACCUUGUCAAAGAUUUAAUUUGUGUAUGUAUUUUUAUAUUAAUUCAAUUAAUUUGGUCAUUUUUAAGUGCUCGUAGAAAAAAUAUUGUUCCUAACUCUUGCAGAAAGUCUCUUUUCCGCACUCGACUGCUUGCCGAACUCCGCUUCGCUUCGUUCGGCAAACUGCAAUCGCGUGCGGAAAAGUAUGACUUUCUGCACUUGUUAGGAAAAUAACUAUUUCAUUUUGAUGCAAAACAAAAUUCUAGUUUUAUUUUAAAAUAUUUUUCCAUAAAUUGUAAAGAGUUUCAAAAUUCAAACUGUAUCAAAGUUACUCUUUUGUGGCGCGUUUAAUUCAAAUUUAGCAAAUAUUAUGGAAAAAUCUUUUAAAAUAAAACUAGAAUUUUGUUUUGCAUCAAAAUGAAAAUACAUUUUCGCGCCACGUAAUAUUCAUAUCAGAUCUUUUGUAGCUGGAAUAUUGUAUGCGCCACUCAUUUUUACGGCAUUUAACGGUUUUUAUUCUUGUCUAUGAAUAUGCAUUCUAGGAUACAGAAUGAUACAAUACAAAAUGAUGAAUUAGUCGACCAGAGGAUAUGAACGACAGGUCGUGGAUGAAAUUUUAGAUCCCCUUGUCGACUAAUUCAUCACUCUGUAUUGCAUUAUUUUUACAUCUUAAAAUGCAGAGGAUAACAAUGAUUCGGAUUUUUAGUUCCUGACUCUUUGAGCUAACAAUUCAUAGUUCACAGAUGGUGCUGUUGCAUCCUUUGUAAUUAUUUUAAUAAUUAAACGGAAAAGCUUAAAAGAUUUGAUUCCAAUUCAGUGCCUGUACACGAUGCUCUGAAGAGGGUAAGGUUACACCCGAAAUAUGUAUAAGCACAUAGUAGAUGCCCUAUUCUGUAAUCAAAUCUUAAUCAUCUUUAUUUUUCUUGAAAAUUAUUUUAUUACAAAUAACCCCACAAAUUGUUAGAGGCACAAAUUCUAAGCAAAAUUUGUUAUAUCAAGUUCUUAAAAUAAAUCAAUACUUUUUCAGUUAUUUUCUUGAAAAAAAAAUGCAAAAUAACUCAAAAACUAUAAGUUUUUGCAAAAAAAGUUAUCCUUGUCAAAAUUUAAGCUAAUAAAAAAUCAAAUAAACUCUUUAUUCGAAAAACCUUUUAAUAUUAACUCAAAGUGAGUUAUAGGUAAUUUAAUGUAUAUUUUUUUGGCGAGUACUCAAAUCAAAGUAUUACAGCUUAAAUAACGGGAAGGAGAAAUUUUUCAUUUUUGUGGUUCAUGGUAAACAAAAAAGUUAGUAUUUAAUCAUUUUUACUAGUCUCAGUAUUCCUAAUGCAAUUUGUUUGUGCAUACAAAUUACCAUUUGUUAAAUAUAAUAAAGUUAUUAAGAAAA